CAUGUGUGAGAGUGCAGGGCUUUGUAUACAGUGGCUGGAACUCGGCCCUUUAACAAUGGAUGGUGUGAGCCAGGCGGACUGAUGGACUGGGGCAGCUCGCAGACUGGGGGCCACGACAUGAGCUGGGGGUCUUGGAGCUCAUCACUGACUCAGGAGUGACUUUGGCUGCUCUCAACCCUCUGAUUACCCCAGAAAUGGAAUUGGAGGGGCUAUGGUGGAAGGGGCAGCUAGCUGCUGAUAUCCAUCAGACACUGAGAUAUAAAGAACUAAGGCUUCCUUCCUACAAAGGGCAGUCUCCGCAGCUGACCCUAAGACGCUACUUUGCAGACCUGAUCGCUAUCGUCAGUAAUCGUUUUAAGCUCUGCCCAACAGCCCGACACCUUGCGGUUUACCUGCUGGAUCUGUUUAUGGACCGAUAUGACAUUUCUAUCCAACAGCUACAUAUUGUGGCUUUAUCCUGCUUGCUUUUAGCAAGUAAAUUUGAAGACAAAGAAGAUCGUGUGCCAAAGUUGGAUCAGCUGAAUAGCCUGGGGUGCAUGACCAACAUGAAUUUGGUGCUAACUAAACAGAAUCUACUUCACAUGGAGCUUCUGCUGCUAGAGACCUUCGAGUGGAACUUGUGCCUCCCAACGCCAGCCCAUUUUAUUGAAUACUACUUGUCCAUUGCUGUUCAGGAUACUGACCUCCAUGAUGGCUGGCCCAUGAUCUGUCUGGAGAAGACAAAGAUCUACAUGGCGAAAUAUGCUGAUUACUUCCUAGAAGUUUCUUUGCAAGAUCACAUGUUUUUAAAUUAUGUUCCAUCGCUCGUGGCAGCUGCUUGCAUAGCGGCGUCUAGAAUUAUCCUGCGGCUUUCGCCAUCCUGGCCCUCAAGGUUAAAUCGCCUUUCUGUGUAUACUUGGGAAAUCCUUGUGCCUUGCAUCGAGAGGUUACUGGUUGCUCAUGACGGGGAUGUCAAGGAAGCUAACAAGCAUAAGGUACAACUGGGACAUGCAGCAACGCAGUGUCUUUUUCCUCCUCCGUCCCCUGCGCCUCCACAGUCGCAUGUGCAACAGCACAUCCCGCAAUAUCUGCAGUCUCAGCCUUCGCACCAGCUGCCGUUUCACCACCCAGCACCUCAGCAGCAAAGCUGUCCACAGAUUGUAUCAACCGCCCAUUCAUCAACAUUUCCAUUGCAAACCUGUACAUCCAGUAACCCACCUAUCAUCCAGGCCCGGGGUCACAUACAGACUGCUGGCAGCAUGUCGUUAGCUACUGUACCAAUAGAAGUGAAGCCUUGCAUAGGCAUUUCAUACAAUAGGAGCUACCAAGUGAACGGACACUACCCCUGCAUUACACAAUGUUUCGAUAGGUGAUAACAGCAAAUGUGAAAACGGAACUAACUGCCGAUCAAUACAUACUGUGAAGGCGAAAGUCAAGUUGGAAAUAUAUAUUUUUUUUUUCUUCCUUAUUUUUAUUUUUUUUAUGUUUCCAGAAGUAUAUCUUAAAGAUGCCACAAAGUGUCUGUUACAAAAAGAUGAUAAAUCUGGAUUUAUACUACAUUAUAUUAUUCUAGAACCAAACCACUUUUUGAGCUGCUAGAGUGCAGAACGUCUGGCCUACAAAAGGAUAAAUCAGGGAAACUCGUGUAUUACACAACAUGGCUUCUUUCUAUGAAGGACAUUUGCAGUAUUAAUUGUGUACAUUGUACUGUGGUUAGCGUAUGUUAUAGCGUGUUACAUUCAAAUGCUCCACAACUAAUGUUCUUAGAGGUGCCAUUAAAGUAAAACAAAAAAAUGUUUUUGCUUUAAGGGAAGCAAAAGUUUAUUUCUAAAAAGC